CGAGAAACGUUUCUCAUGGAGUUUUUUAAAAUAAGUUUAAACUGGGAAAUUUGAAAUAAAAACCGGAAGUGAAGAGGAGCCACUUUGUUUCCGCCAUCUAUCUGCUCGUACUCAGUUUUCAAUGAUUGGUUAGUGUCUAUCUUUCUCGCUUGUCUCUCUGUAUUGUGAUGAUGAUAUAUGAAUGAUGUCCCUCCUCGAAUUUUCGAUUUUUUUUUGUUUUUUUGUUCUUUUCUUUCUUACUGCUCCGCACAGUUCACAGGUGUUUUUAGUAUAUAAGAGGUUCGAGGAACAAAGUGGUGCGAGUCACUUCUUCUGCUUCUCAAAUCCGAAACGAAUCAGCACUAAAUUAUGGGAUUCUAAAGUGCCGUCGUGUUUGAAUACGGGUGUCUCUAGGAGGUUUUAUUAUAGUCAUUUGCAUUCUCGCAAAAAGAAAUCACUACUUGGCACUCCCCUCCAAGGUUUUGGAUUUAGGCUAAGUUGCCAGGGCAAUGAUUCUCUAGGUAGUGAUGAUCCAACUGGGGAAUCUUCCGAUUCCGAAACCAGUGAUGAAACUGAUGCUAAAGAGGAGAAAGACGCCAGUUUGGAGGAACUCAAGGAGCUACUACUCAAGGCAAUUAAAGAUUUGGAAGUUGCUAGACUUAAUAGUACCAUGUUUGAGGAAAAGGCUCAGCGAAUCUCAGAAAGAGCCAUAGCACUCAAGGAUGAAGCCGCUACUGCUUGGCUUGACGUUAACAAAACCCUUGAUCUCAUUCGAGAUACCGUUGAUGAGGAAUGUCUUGCCAAGGAAGCUGUUCAGAAGGCUACUAUGGCGUUGUCUCUUGCUGAAGCUAGGCUCCAGGUUAUAGUGGAAUCACUUGAAGCAUCUGCUGCAGGGAAUGAUAUUCCACAAGUGUCUCAAGCCACUGAGGAAACAGAUGACGUUGGUGAUAAAGAAGAUGCCCUUUUAGCUGCCAAGGAUGAUAUAAAGGAAUGCCAUGUGAAUUUAGCAAAUUGUGAGGCCCAGCUGAAUUGUUUGCAGAGCAAAAAAGUCGAGCUGCAGAAGGAAGUGGACAAGUUGAAUGGUGUUGCUGAGACUAUACAGAUCGAUGCGUUGAAAGCCGAGGAGGAUGUCGCUAAUAUUAUGAAAUUGGCUGAGCAAGCUGUAGCGUUUGAGCUCGAGGCUACUCAACGUGUUAGUGAUGCAGAGAUUGCUUUGCAGCGAGCAGAAAAGUCUCUCUCCAUUUCUCAGACCCCUGAGGAAACUCAGGCCCAACUCUCGGAUGAAGAAACUCCUGUCGAGGAUGAGGAGGUACUUUCAAGUAAUAUUGAAGAUGUAAGCCAUCAGGUUGAAAAAGAAUCACCUAAAGAUGAAGAUUUAUUAGCGGUAAACAACACAUCUGAUCCUGUGCCUGAUGUAGCUGGUCAGAAGACUCAAAAGCUAACUCAGCCUUAUGAGUCAAGCGAUCAUGAGAAUGGAAAGCCAAUCAUAGAGCCUUCUAAAGUGGUGGAAGCAGAUUUUGAAAAGCCAAAGAUUAAUGUUCAGACGAAAAAACAGGAGAAAGAACUGCCAAAAGAGGGUUCCUCUCUUAAUUCUCCCAAGGCAUCCUUUAAUAAAUCCUCCCGUUUCUUUUCUGCAUCUUUCUUCUCUUCCAAUCCAGAUGGGACCGCUACUGUGUUUGCGAGUCUCGUUGAUUCUGUCAAAAAGCAAUGGCCCAAGCUAGUUCUUGGGUUGGCUCUUCUUGGAGCAGGACUGACACUAUACUCCAAUGGAGUAGGGGGAAACAAUCAGCUGCUUCAACAGCCAGAUGUUAUCAGCACUAGUACAGAAGAUGGCUCUUCCAAUACAAAGCCAUUCAUCCGGCAAGUGCAAAAACUUCCCAAGAGAAUUAAAAAACUACUUGAGAUGCUCCCUCACCAGGAGGUCAAUGAGGAAGAAGCUUCCCUUUUUGAUUUUUUGUGGUUACUGCUGGCAAGCGUCAUAUUCGUGCCUCUAUUUCAGAAAAUUCCUGGAGGCAGCCCUGUUCUUGGGUAUUUGGCAGCUGGAAUUCUGAUUGGUCCAUUUGGUCUUUCGAUAAUCCGUAAUGUGCACGGGACCAGGGCCAUCGCAGAAUUUGGAGUUGUUUUCUUGCUUUUCAACAUUGGCCUUGAGCUCUCUGUUGAAAGACUGAGUUCCAUGAAGAAAUAUGUUUUUGGAUUAGGCUCCGCUCAGGUUCUAUUGACAGCAGCAGUUGUUGGAUUGAUUGCCCAUUAUGUUGCUGGUCUGGCUGGUCCAGCGGCAAUAGUGAUUGGAAAUGGCCUGGCACUGUCUUCCACUGCUGUUGUCCUUCAGGUUCUACAAGAACGAGGUGAGAGUACAUCUAGACAUGGAAGGGCUUCAUUUUCCGUCUUGCUUUUCCAGGAUCUAGCUGUAGUUGUUUUACUGAUUCUCAUCCCACUUAUUUCACCUAAUUCGUCGAAAGGAGGGAUUGGAUUUCAAGCCAUAGCUGAAGCUCUUGGGCUUGCUGCAGUCAAAGCAGCAGUUGCUAUUACUGCCAUAAUUGCUGGUGGCCGUCUUCUUCUUCGACCAAUCUACAAGCAAAUUGCAGAAAACAGAAACGCUGAGAUAUUCUCUGCCAACACACUUCUUGUUAUUCUUGGGACAAGUUUAUUGACAGCGAGGGCUGGACUUUCCAUGGCAUUAGGAGCGUUUUUGGCUGGUCUACUCCUUGCAGAGACGGAAUUUUCCUUGCAAGUAGAAUCAGAUAUUGCUCCAUAUCGUGGUCUUUUACUGGGACUCUUCUUCAUGACGGUUGGCAUGUCUAUUGAUCCAAAAUUACUUCUCUCUAAUUUCCCUGUCAUAGUUGGAACUUUGGGACUCUUGAUAGUGGGCAAGACUAUGUUAGUCGUGAUUAUGGGCAAAUUGUUCGGCAUUUCAAUAAUAUCUGCAAUUCGGGUCGGGCUACUUCUGGCCCCAGGCGGUGAGUUUGCAUUUGUUGCUUUCGGAGAAGCUGUCAAUCAGGGUAUAAUGUCUCCCCAGUUAUCUUCGUUGCUAUUUCUUGUCGUGGGAAUCUCAAUGGCUAUCACACCUUGGCUAGCUGCUGGCGGCCAGUUAAUUGCUUCUCGGUUUGAGUUGCAUGAUGUUCGAAGUUUAUUGCCGGUUGAGAGUGAGACUGAUGAUUUGCAAGAUCACAUAAUUAUUUGCGGCUUUGGUCGAGUUGGUCAGAUAAUCGCUCAGCUUCUCUCGGAAAGACUUAUCCCAUUUGUUGCCCUGGAUGUCAGCAGUGAUAGAGUGACUAUCGGACGUUCCUUGGAUCUUCCUGUUUAUUUCGGAGACGCUGGUAGUAGAGAGGUUCUCCACAAAAUUGGAGCUGAGAGAGCAUGCGCUGCUGUGGUAGCCUUAGACGCACCAGGAGCAAACUACAGAUGUGUCUGGGCAUUGAGCAAGUAUUACCCCAAUGUCAAAACCUUUGUCCGUGCACACGAUGUAGUUCAUGGUCUUAAUCUAGAAAAAGCGGGUGCUACUGCGGUUGUCCCAGAGACUCUGGAGCCUAGUCUACAGUUGGCAGCUGCUGUUCUUGCUCAGGCCAAAUUACCGACAUCGGAAAUCGCAAACACAAUUAACGAGUUCAGAACCCGUCACUUGUCUGAGCUGACAGAGCUAUGUGAAGCAAGCGGAAGCUCUCUGGGCUAUGGUUUCUCAAGGACGAGUAAGCCUAAACCUCAACAACCGUCGGAUGCAUCUGAAGAAAACCAGAUAAUCGAAGGCGGCACACUCGCCAUCUGAUGACCGUUGUUUUGUUUUGUUUUUUUUUUACUUUUUAUUUUAUUCAUUCUGGUGAUAUUCAUCUCUUACUUAAUAACGAAUAUAAUAAUAUUGCAGUUUUUGUAA